CUCAGCCCCACGCUCGCUCUCCCCCUAGACCUCGAAGGGAUCAAGAUAACCCCGGAAGGGCCCAUCCAGCUGCAGGAAGGAGAUGCCUUAGCCCUGACAUGUGACGCCCGAGGCUCCAAGCCCUUGGAGUUCCGAUGGAAGAAGGAAAAGAAGGGGAAGCUGCUGGGGAAAAGCCGGCAGCUGAAACUGAGCAACGUCACCCACGAGUCGUCGGGCAGCUACAGCUGCGAGGUGGCCGUGGCGGGGGUGCCAGGCCUUGCCCACUCCAGACAGGUGUACGUCGGUGUUCACGGUAAGCCCCACAUCAGUGCCAAGGAUUCCCUCGUGCCCGUGCAACAGAACGAAAUGGUGACCCUGACGUGCAAAGCUGCUGCCCUCCCGGAGCCCACGAUCACGUGGACCGUCGGUGGCAAGGUCCAAAACCACUCGGACCAUCACCGCGCCCUCAGCAACUUGACCGUCCAGGUCACCUCGGAACUGCUGCGCUCGGGCGUCACCUGCACGGCCACCAACAAGUUUGGCUCUAGCAACCACCACAUUAAGCUGCAGCUGAGGACAACGCCGACGCCUCCUCCUGCCGGCAACACGACUGCAGAACCCAUCAAGAAAGAGCGCAAAAGCCAGGAGAGCAAGGGCGUGAUCAUCGUGGCCGUCAUCGUGUGCAUCCUGGUGAUCGCCGUGCUGGGCGCCGUGCUCUACUUCCUGCACAAGAAAGGCAAGAUCCCCUGCGGGCGCACCGGGAAGCAGGACAUCACGAGGCCCGAUGCCCGUAAAGAGGAGAUUGUAGUUGAAGUUAAGUCAGAUAAACUUCCCGAAGAGGCGGGGCUUCUGCAGGGCGCCAACGGCGAGAAGAGACCUGCCGGUGACCAGGCAGAGAAAUACAUCGAUCUGAGGAAUUAGAGUGAGGGACCUGCCGUCUGGGUUUUUUCGUCUUCAAACCUUUCCUGUUCCUGGACCGCCGCCUCCCGACCCUGUUCCAGUGCCGUGGGAGCGUGGCUGGAGACCUUGAAAUGCAUCACAGUGCUGAGACUACUCUGCAGGGAGGAAUACCUCCCCCCCCGGUCCCCCCACAUGGCCGUAACACUAGCCAAGGGUCUGCAGGAUGGCACAACGACAACAGCAAAUCUGGACGAGCUGGCUGCUUCAGAGAGGCCAAAACGAAUUCCUGAAAGCAUUCACAUUUCUCGGAUGGGUGGAAAGAUGGAAGGCCUUAUCAGGAAUGUUACUCUUAGCUUCUUGUUCCAGUUGGGUGGGCGGGGGGAGGAGGAAAGGUUUACAACUCUUUUACCUAAAAUUCACAGCAGAUUAAAAUUCCCCUCUUGAAAAUAGGUUAGAGCAGUAGGGCAGUCUGGGGUUGUCAGGGCAAGAAUUGUGCUUUAAAUUGGAGCUCUAACUAAAAAAAACCCAACCCCACAAGCUGUGUUCGAUUAGCAGCAUCUAGUUCUGUCUCUGAACAGUGGGGCUGCGUCUAGACUGGCAUGAUUUUCCGGAAAUCCUUUUAACGGAAAAGUUUUCCGUUAAAGCAUUUUUGGAAAAGCGCGUCUAGAUUGGCAGGACGCUUUUCCGGAAAAAGCACUUUUUCUGGAAAAGUGUCCGUGGCCAAUCUAGACAUAGUUUUCCGCAAAAAAGCCCCGAUCAUCAUUUUUGCGAUCGGGGCUUUUUUUACGGAAAACAGUACUGUGCUGUCUACACUGGCCCUUUUCCGGAACAGUUUUCCGGAAAAAGACUUUUGCCCGAACGGGAGCAGCAUAGUUUUUCUGAAAAAGCACUGAUGAUUUUACAUUAGAUCAUCAGUGCUUUUCCAGAAAUUCAAGCGGUCAGUGUAGACAGCUGGCAAGUUUUUCCAGAAAAGCGGCUGAUUUUCCGGAAUAACUUGCCAGUGUAGACACAGCCUGGGUGCACAGUAUGAAUUGCAGAUAGGGGGUCAAAUUCACCCAGUGGGUUCGAGGAUGCCAAACAGUUCUUAGCUUUUCCCUUCACUGUUCUUGUUUUGCCGGUUUAGAUUCACAGUCUCAUCUUGCCCUGGUGAAAUGCAGGUAGAUUGCUCCAUUCUUUGAAGAGUUGGUUUUGUUUUCCCCACAUGACUCUAUUGAGAACAGGUAACUAAAGGAAAGGCACUCUGUUCUAUGUGCAGUAAAAACCAGGGCUUCCUAGUUGUGAGGUUUCGGCAGGGACUGGACCAACAGUAAGUUAAUAUAAGCUAAAUGUGGAAUUGCGUAGCUGAGGGCUUAGGCCUUGUUUCAUAGCUGCCCCCUCCUUGAGGAAUGUGGCUACUCUGGGCAGAUUUCUAAUUAAGCUCUACAGUUGCGGCUA